CAGUCUCGGCCCUCUGGCUGGCAUCUCCACCACCACGCUUACUGACAAGCUCAAGUUUGGUGUCCUGCAGGAGUUUGAGACCAUGGUGUCCCCUCUGCACUUCCUGGGAAGCCUCAGGCCUCUUGGCAUUAAAACAGAGGUGCUGUCCGUGAUGUAAAGGUUAUGCAGAGCAUACCCGGGGUGAUCAUAGCUUCCUCCAAGAAUGGCUGAUUUAAUGAUGACCUGACAAAGGAUUGGCUCGAGAGGGCAGUGGGGAAAUUUCACUUCGGACCGAGGCUACUUGCAUGGGACUCGUACCGAUGCCAUAUCAGCGAGGCCACGAAGGCAGAGCUGUUUUGGGGGAAAUUCAGCACCUUACAAUGGCUGUUAUAUCUGGAGGUUGCACAAAGUACCUUCAGGCCCCCAAUGUUGUGUGGAAUGGCCCUUUCAAAGUGCAGCUCCGUGACUACUAUGAUAACUGGAUGGCUGGUGAUAAAGUUAAGACCUACAACAAGUCAGAGAACCUGAGAGCCCCUUCCCGCCGCCUCCUGGUCGACUGGGUCCUGGGAGCCUGGGAUGCUCUGGAUCGGGAGAGUCUGAUCAACUCAUUCAAGGUGUGUGGGCUGACUGUGGCAGCUGAUGGGAGUGAGUACCAGCUCAUUUACUGCCUCAAAGAGGGACAGCCAUGUCAGCCAGGCAGAGAGAUGCUGUUGAGGGCUAGACAGCAGGGUGAUGCUGUGGUUCAGGAAGAGGAGGCAAGUGAUGAGGAACAGCAGUUCCUCAAUGAACUUGUGAUUGAAGAGGAGGAUGAUGAUGAGGGGGGUGAGGGAGAGGAGGGGGAAGAAGAGGAGGAGGAAGAAGGGGAGGAGGAGGAGGAUGAUGAGUGGGUUUGAGUUGCAUUUGGGGUUGCGUUUGCUGCAGUAUUAUUGUUUUGAUGGUUUUAUAGAGUACUUGGUGCCAUAAUUGUAUUUUUUCUGUAUGCUGCUUUAUUUAAAACUUGAAAUACUGUAGCCUUUAUAUUAUUUAAGUGACACUAUUAUUAUUUUGUUUUGAUGGUGGGUUUUAUACUUGAGUACUUGGUACCAUAAUUUUAUUUUUCCCGGUAGGCUGCUUUGUUUAAAAACUUUAUUUAUUUUCAGUAUUGGUAUUUUAUUUGACAAUUGUUGCACUACUGCCAUGUUGAGGCCUUGUUGAUCUCUUCUCUUUUGAUAGUCUUGUUUUUUUGUUUGUCUGCUUACAAUAGCUUUUACAUUUAAAGUUUUUUAUACGAAAAAAAAAAUAAUGGACAGCAACCAUUGUGACCAAAUAAUGGCCUAGUGCAGGCUGGUGCAAAAACAAAUAAAAGCCUUGUGCAAAUAACCGCCUGCUUCUUUUAAACGCCCGUCUCCAAAAAUGAUUUUGUGAAAUAAACGCCCGGGCUACUAUUUGGACUGAACCACCGUAUGUCCCGGAAAAUUAUCCGCAUUAAGGCCAAGGAGUUGUAUGCCACCGCGAGUGACAUGACAACGCUUAUUAUAAUAAUCACCUCUCAGUCAACUACUAGUAACAUCACCGUGCCCGUUGACGUUCGAGAAAUAUAAGCACCAGCUCAGCUCGCUCGCAGUCCUUGAGGUGAAGGUUUAUUAGCUUUUAGCUUAACGUUAGCUCACUGUGCGUGUGUGCGUCCGUGUGUGGGUGUGCGUGUGUGUUAGGGACAGCAAAGCCCUGUCUGAACAGUUAACAACUAAGGUUUUUCACUUAACCUUUUUCUGUGUUGAAGCACCAAAAAAGGACAUUAUGUUAAAUGAAGAGUUUCAGUCUCUGAUCCUUGAUAUAAUAAUGUUACUGCAUCAUAAAGCCUACUUGAACUCCAUGGUGUUCAGGGAUGAAUAGACUCUCCUAUGUCUAUUGUACUAUUUUUUCAGCUAUAGUUACAUUAAUCAUUAGUAAUGUAUCAUUCUAGUUUUGAAUGGCAGGGUCCCUGCUGUGACAUGUUGAUAAAAUAUAUAACAGUUACAUAAUAAAAAUCAACUACAGGCUUCCCAAAUGCUGUAAUAAAUUGAGCAUGAAAAUACAAAAUUAAGCAUGAUGAGUUGAGCAUAUGUCAGCAUGUGACCCCACUUUUAACUUUUUUUUUUCAAACGCUUAUUGCAAACGCUUAUUUACAGUAAGUCGUUCAUUUGAUUUAGUCAUUAUUUUGUUUUAGUAAGUCAAUAUUUACUAGGUCAAAACAAUAACAAAAUAUUGAGAUAUAUAUUGUUUAUUGCCAUCUAACAUACGGAGCGCGGAAAACACAACUCCCUCUUCCCGCCCCGGGCGACACCCCCCUCUCCCCUUUAACUAACAAACGUCAUAUAUAUAUAUAUAUACUGUUUCAUGAGGGGUUCCCUCAAUCAUCAGGAUAUUCUCCUGAUGAUUGAGGGAACCCCUCAAGAAACAGUUCUAUAGAGAUGAAGUAGUCUUGUGAUUUUUCCCACACCUACAUAUUGCGCUCUACCACGGUAUCGAGCACUAUUCUCUGGAUAAUCCAAUCAAGACAUAUAUAUAUAUCCAUCCAUCCAUCCAUCCAUCAUCUUCCGCUUAUCCGAGGUCGGGUCGCGGGGGCAGCAGCCUAAGCAGGGAAGCCCAGACUUCCCUAUCUCCAGCCACUUCGUCUAGCUCUUCCCGGGGGAUCCCGAGGUGUUCCCAGGCCAGCCGGGAGACAUAUUCUUUCCAACGUGUCCUGGGUCUUCCCCGUGGCCUCCUACCAGCUGGACAUGCCCUAAACACAUCCCUAGGGAGGCGUUCGGGUGGCAUCCUGACCAGAUGCCCGAACCACCUCAUCUGGCUCCUCUCGAUGUGGAGGAGCAGCGGCUUUACGUUGAGCUCCUCCCGGAUGGCAGAGCUUCUCACCCUAUCUCUAAGGGAGAGCCCCGCCACCCGGCGGAGGAAACUCAUUUCGGCCGCUUGUACCCGUGAUCUUAUCCUUUCGGUCAUGACCCAAAGCUCAUGACCAUAGGUGAGGAUGGGAACGUAGAUC